AUGUGGUUCGUGUCAUGCAAAAAAUGUUGGCCCAGACCUUUCCCUACACUAGUUCGUCUGAUGUCUCUCCUACCACGUGUACAUCUCAGACCACCUUCGACAAAUCUCUCAAUUACUUUCGUCAUGAGCUGUUUAGAGUUGACUGGUAAGCACCGCGGCACCGCAAACUACUCUGUGCGUUGCAUAAGUUUGCUAGACAGAAAAUCUCUCAGUCGAGUUACACCAUGUCCGUUGGGGGCCUAUAUGCCGCCCUCUAAGGUAUCUUCCAGGUGGGCCUCCGAGAUUGCGAAAUCAACAUGGUUGAACUCGCCCCGGUUACAUCCCGCCGGUACAGAGUUGAGCCAAGGUGUCACUUUGCCCCUCUCUGCCUUCUUCGCUAAGUUCGCUUCGACAAUUCUCCAUUUCUCUGUCACGAUUUCCUGUUGCAAUCCGCACAGUCCCCCAUCGCUUCGACUGCUUUCCCCCGAUGAACCCGGUUGA